AUGGCUUACAAUCAACAUCUUGUCAAUCUCGGUUACGCCCAAUCCUUCACGACCCCAUUAAACAUGACGUAUCGCGAUGACGCCAUCGACAUCGCUAGUACCAACGCCAAUGUCAACACACUCCCCUUUCCAUCCUUACCACUACGUGGCGGUUCUACGCUUCCAGAUGGUGCCGCGUACAAGCCCUUGCCUGAUCUGCCUCGCGGGUCAAACACAUCCAAUACUCCCGACAUUGGGUCCAGCGCGCAGAUAUCUCGACCCUCACGCUUCCGUCGCCUCGGCCGUACCAUCGCCAAAACGCUGCACCCUCGCCGUUUCCUUCGCAGUCGCCAGUCUGUUCCGCCCGAUGGAUCCACCUCCAUCCGCGACUCUGGCUACGGCACCCACAGCAACAUCCUCACAACUGAGUCCCCGGCUGCUGCAAUCAACGCUAUGCUCGGCCCACCGCCUGGCCUCUCACGUCAGGUAACGCGGCACACCGUCUCUUCGGUAGCCUUUGCCGGGCCAGAACCCCCUUCGAUAGCCUUUCUCUCGGACGAACAAACUCGAUGGCAAACGUCUGCUGCCAUGCAAUCGCGCACGCCCUACGAACAGCCGGAUAUCCAGAGCUUGUUUUCGCCGUACGGUAGUCCCGAUCCGAACUCGUAUGCUGUUCCCGGUGUUUUCCUGCCCCCUACUCGGUUAUUGGAACACCAGUCAGAGCACUCCGAUGAGACGCGUUCUGUCAGUCGCCCGACGGCGUCGUCCGAGUCUUUCGAACGUAACGAGCAUGUCGGGCACACCAUCACGCCUUAUCACACCGCCGAGCCUACGAUGGACUACAACGUUAGUACCGACGCGGACGACACAACGAGUGUAUCCUCACCCAGCCAAGAGUCCAGCCAUUAUAUUUCUCAGCACCUCCAGCGAUUUCCCCUGCGCACAGUUUACAACGUUCCCAGGAGCCGUCUUGAAUACAUUGAGACAGCCGGCACUGGGUACAGCAGGAUCACAUGUGUCUGGAAGCUGGACGCUGUGGGAAAUCCGACGGACGCCAUCAUCCGCUUUAAUUUCAUUGGCCGACUUGCCGACGACACUGCGGGGAAGCCUGUCUACGCCGCGACCACUGCGUCUCCACACAAGUCUUUUGCCAGUUUCCCCAAGCAGGUGGCAAUCAAGAUGAUGAGCAAGGCGGACAUUCUCGCUCGCCGCCAUCGGGAGUACAUGGGCUACCAGACUGUCGUCUGCGAGGCUCAGACGAUGCGUGCACUCAGCGAGACAGGAGCACGGUUUGCGUCGGGCGCGCUGGCGACAUUCCAGGACGCAGAUUACUUCUACAUUGUCUCGAGAUGGUAUCAUGGAUCGCUACACGAGUACAUCCGGGAUGUUACGAGCAAGAAACUUCUCACCACCGGGGCCGCGCACUAUGUCAUGGACAGCCAGACCUUCAGUUUCUAUGCGGCCGAACUACUCUUGGGCAUGGAGGAACUGCGAGAAGCUCACAUUCUGCACGCAGAUAUCAAGCCCGAUAAUAUCUUCGUCACACCAUCAGGUCAUCUUGUAAUCGGCGAUUUCGACCGCUCGCACCCGAACGUGAAGCCUGGAAUGGAGGCGCAGGGCUGUAAGAACUACGAGGAUGUGCUGAUCGUACAUUCAAACGGGACACCCUACUACAAGGCCCCCGAGGUUGCAGCAAAACACGCACAAGCCGGCGUCACGCCUCGCGCGGAUAUGUUCAGCCUCGGCGUGGUCCUUCUAGAGUUUGCCCUGCAGCUCACCAAGCCGUUCUUCUCUCGCCUCGAUCCGGAUCUUACGGACCCAAGGGCCUACGCAGAGUUCGUCAAGAUGGUGAACCAGCCCGACUGGGAACUUAGCCGAGAGAGUACGACGACGUCGAACGCGGCGUUGGAUGACCUUGUCUUCGACUUCAUCUCGAAGCUCGUGGUCGUCGAUCCUCGAAAGCGCCUCACUAUCGACCGAGCUAAGAAGCAUCCGUUGUUCGCCAACUUGGACUGGGAUGUUCUCAAAAAGGGCGGCUACUAUGAUCCGCCUCUUGCCGCCGACCCACAACAAAGAGAGCUACUGGAACUCAGCCACGUCGAACUCUACAAUCUUCCGCCGCUACCAAACUUGUGUGAUGAGAAGACCGCUGAAGUGAGGGCUCUGCAGGAGGACCUCAUACUGACCUUCGCGGAAUUCGGCCAGGACUGGAUCGCGCCCAAAAGCACGUACACGACCCGAGAGGGCCCAGAGCACGGCGAGAUGAAGAUGUCGAUGUACCCUGAAGAGGUAUCACGGCUCAUACGUCUCGCUGCGCCCUAA